AUGGAUCAAUACGGUUGUCUCAGAUCGCCAAUGAGCUCGGUACUAGUAACAAUGAUUGGGGACGAUUGCUGUACUACGCUGAGGUACUCCGAUAUCUUUCAACAACACGAGCUACGGGUUUCGAGGACCGAUGACCGAAGCAGAAGCAAUGUUGCCUGGCAAUUGCAUCAUUGCAGCUUUGGUCAUACAUAG